AUGACCGACGCGGUGCUGGGCGGCUCCUCUGACCGGUGGAUGUGCCCCAGUGACAGAACCAUGUCCCUCCGAGCCAGCAGUGAGAAGGAGCAGCUCCCGGCGGGCUGGGCAGCACAGCCCGAGCGGCAGCGCAAGGGCGAGGAGCUGACGGACGAGGAGAAGGAAAUCAUCAACCGGGUGAUCGCCCGCGCAGAGAAGAUGGAGGAGAUGGAGCAGGAGCGCAUCGGGCGCCUGAUGACCCGGCUGGAGGACAUGCGCCGCAGCGUGCUGGGGGACGGCGUGAACCGCUGCAUCCUCUGCGGGGAGCAGCUGGGGACGAGGGGACAAGCCUGUGUCGUCUGUGAGGACUGCAAGAAGAACGUGUGCACCAAGUGCGGGGUGCAGACCACCAACAACCGGCCCCAGGCCAUCUGGCUCUGCAAGAUCUGCAGCGAGCAGCGGGAGGUGUGGAAACGCUCCGGUGCCUGGUUCUUCAAGGGUUUGCCCAAGCAGAUGCUGCCGCAGCAGAUGCCCAUCAGCAAGAAGGGUCCCCAAACCCCGAGCGAGCCCCGCCCGGCCGAACCGCCCGCCCCGGACCCCAAAAUCUCCUCCCGGGCACCCACCCGAGGCCAGGCGGAUGCCGAGGACACCGAGGGCACCGACGGCACAGCGGCCGCCCGGGGGAGCCGCAAAGCGGCCGAGGCCCGGCCGGGUCCGUGUGGCAGCGAGGACACCGCUGGGGACAGCGACAAUCGGGACUACGCUGCCGACAGCGGGGUCAGCAGGAGCCCCGGCGUGAAAAGAACCAAUUCCAUGCAAGGCCAGCGGCCACCCCCGCCGGCCACCGCCGCUCCCGCUGGUGGAUCUGCCCCGGCAGCAGCACCCGCAGCAGCAAGGCCGGGUCCAGGGGGUCCCGCUCGCUUCCCGGACAGACAAGCCAGCCCCCCGCUGGGACCCCCGGAGCGGGGAGGGGGCUUUGCCGCGCCCCCCGGCAGGGAGGACAGGCCGGCCUGGCAGCCCCCGGCCCCCGCACAGCCCCCGGCGGCAUCCGCGGCCCCGCAGCGGCAGCAGCAGCAGCCCCGCGAGGAAGAGGAGGAGGAUGCCAACAGCUACGACUCGGAUGAAGGCACCACACUGGGAGCUCUGGAGUUCAGCCUGCUCUACGACCAGGACAACAGCUCCCUGCACUGCACCCUCAUCAAGGCCAAGGGCUUAAAACCAAUGGAUUCCAACGGCCUGGCUGAUCCCUAUGUGAAGCUGCACCUCCUGCCUGGAGCCAGCAAGUCGAACAAGCUGAGGACGAAGACGCUGCGCAACACCCGGAACCCCGUGUGGAACGAGACCCUGGUGUACCACGGCAUCACCGACGAGGACAUGCAGAGGAAAACCCUCAGGAUCUCCGUGUGUGACGAGGACAAAUUCGGCCACAACGAAUUUAUCGGAGAAACCAGAGUUGCCUUGAAAAAACUCAAAGCCAACCAGAAAAAGAACUUCAACAUCUGCCUGGAGAGAGUAAUCCCAACAAAGCGCACCGGAACAACCGGGGCGUCCCGUGGGAUGGCUCUGUACGAAGAGGAGGUGGAUCGUGGUGGGGAUGUGGAGGAGCGUGGCAAGAUCCUGGUGUCGCUCAUGUACAGCACGCAGCAGGGCGGGCUCAUCGUGGGCAUCGUGCGCUGCGUGCACCUGGCGGCCAUGGAUGCCAAUGGAUACUCGGAUCCCUUUGUCAAGCUUUGGCUGAAACCUGACAUGGGAAAAAAGGCCAAGCACAAGACACAGAUUAAGAAGAAAACAUUGAAUCCUGAGUUUAACGAGGAGUUCUUCUAUGACAUCAAACACGCCGACCUGGCCAAGAAAUCCCUGGACAUUUCUGUCUGGGAUUACGACAUCGGAAAAUCCAAUGACUACAUCGGCGGUUGCCAGCUGGGAAUCACGGCCAAGGGCGAGCGCUUGAAACACUGGUACGAGUGUUUGAAGAACAAGGACAAGAAGAUCGAGCGCUGGCACACCCUGCAGAACGAGAACCACGUGGCCAGCGAUUAA